AUGAUGAACAAGUCACGAGGUCCGCACCAGAUAUAAGACGCAAAAGGCGUAGGAAGUUAGAGCUGGUCUGAGCAAGAAGAAGGAGAUCGAAGCGAUGCCGUGCCUCAAUCUUUCCACAAACGUAGACCUCACUGGCGUAGACACCUCAUCCAUCCUUUCUGAGGCGACCAAAACUGUAGCCAAGCUCAUCAACAAGCCCGAAGCCUAUGUAAUGAUAGUUUUGAAGGGAUCAGUGCCUAUAUCAUUUGGUGGAACCGAGGAGCCUGCUGCAUAUGGUGAACUAGUUUCUAUUGGAGGAUUGAAUCCUGAUGUGAACAAGAAAUUAAGUGCUGCUAUUGCCACAAUUCUUGAGACCAAGUUGUCUGUUCCCAAGUCACGUUACUUUCUGAAGUUUUAUGAUUCAAAGGCUCAUCAAACUCAGGAAUUUGAACAGUGUUUACAUGCUACACACCAGCAAUAGAUCAUGGUUCAGCAUUUGGGUGGAAUGGAUCUACUUUCUAGAAUGUCCAGCUGAGUGAUUAGCAGUGAUUUGGUCCUAAAUGCUUGAAAGCUACUGUUAUAUAUAUUUUGUUUGCUUGCUUGUUAUCAUGCUGUAUGCAAAUGUUUCUCUAUGUUGCUGUUAACUUUACCAGCUACCUUAAAACAUGGCUUUUAUUGCUACCUUUUUUAAGCGUUUUCCAUUUGAGCAA